AGACUACAUUACCCACAAUUCGUUUGGCAGGCAGAAUCCGUUUGGAAACGCAAUGCUAGUAUGCUAAGAGACACUGGGAUGUCUACGACUGUUGUGACUAAUUUCGUAUCGUCUUAUUGUUGAUGAUUUAGUUAGGUUUUAUUGUUUCAGAGGUAUUAGUUAUAAUAACAAUAAUAUAGCACUGUUUGUUUCAGUUAAUUAGCACGUUUGCCUUGAUCCGAUAGGAGUUCAGGCCUGCAGCUGGACGAAUAGUAAUAUAUUAUUGAAUAUGAUUCUCGAGGUGAGCAAAUAAGUCCAAACUCCUUUGACGUGUCCAUGGGGAAAAGGAAAGACAUGAUUCACCCCAGGUUUCUCGCCGUAAACUCAGAAAAUAUGUGUGGUUCAGGAAAUGGGGAUGAUUAUAAUGUCCACAAGAAGAAACACAAAAAGCACAAGAAACACAAGAAGAAGCAUCAUCGGGAUGAUGGACACAGUUUCUCCUCUGAAGCUCUGGAGUCAGACUCCGGUAUCGUGCUGAAACCUCCUCAACUCAAACUCAAGAUCAAACUUGGAGGACAAACUCUAGGUACCAAGAGUGUUCCCACAUUCACAGUGAUCCCAGACUCUCUACACUCCAUAUCACCACUGAAUGUAGAUAGUGAUGAUGAUGAUGAUGAUGAAGACUCUGAUGAUGAAGUGCCAUCAGAGGGAGUACCAAUCGAGCAGUACAGAGCGUGGCUAGAUGAAGACAGUAACCUGGACCCGUGUCCUCUACCGGACAUGGACACCGAUUCGCUGUUGGUAGGCCCCAUGGAUGAGGAGGAGAGGUGGCUGGAUGCUUUGGAAAAAGGAGAAUUGGAUGAUAAUGGAGAGCUAAAGAAAGAGAUGGAUGAGUCUCUGCUUACUGCCAGACAGAAAGCGCUCUUACUCAAGCACCAGGUCCAGCCUUUACUGGAGCUCCCUAUGGGAUACAAAGAAAAGGAGCUAACGGCAGAAAUGAUGCAGAAACGUGAGGAACGAGCCCGCAAACGACGCCUUCAGGCAGCCAAGAAAGCUGAGGAGAGCAAGAACCAGACUAUCGAGAGACUGACUAAGACAAGCAAGGCCAAGAUUAAGAGUAUGAAGGAACGCAGGUCAAAACAGACCCAUCUGCCUAUGGUGCGCUAUAGCAGUUCUGCCCAUGGUGCAACUGUUUCUUACCCUGUCGGGGUACCUGCCCCGACCCCUACACCGCCCCGAGCACCUCCUGCCAUGCCGGUAAGCUGUGGAGUGUCCGGAUGCUCCAACCUGAAGAAAUACUCCUGUUCUAAGACUGGGACUCCUCUGUGCAGUCUGGAGUGCUACAAGAAGAACCUGAUACUGGUGGAGGGUGUUGCUUAAAGUGUGGAAAUUUUCUGAAGCACAACUUUUUGUACGGCUGUGGUCAAAAUUUCUGCAUAGCUACUUCCAAGAAAAUGUUAUUCCACUUGAUCCAGCAAGGAAAGGUAAUAUAAAAAAGCCUAAGUUCCUAAGCUGUUCAUCUUAUUGUGCCUGUUUAAGAAAUCCAUCAUAGGUAUUAAAGUUUUUUGUUUUUUUCAUUUCAGAAGCAUUUUAUUGUCCGUAAAACUCCAGAGCUGGUCAAUCAAUUAUCAGGUUGAUUUAUUAGUUUAUCGCUACUGACAGUUUGUGAACCACAUUGAACUCUGAUUUCGAUGCCUUGGCUGACUUGUCAGUAGCCAAUUCUGCUUCAAACCAUGCCUGUAUUCAACUUCCAUUGUUGGAAAAACCAGCAAAAGGUACGUUUAAUCACAUAAACCACAUAUGAUUGCCACAUGGUUAUCAUUUUAGCUUAACCCUCCCAUGGUAUUAUUUGUUCAUUUUUAACCUAAAUAAAUUUUCCUUGUUUAAUAAAAAUUGUUUCCUUUAUCUAAGCAGUACAAGACUUGGUGACUUACAGUCACAAUGCUAAACACACACACAAAGAAAUGAAGGGGUGAAACGAUAACACACACUCAAUGCAGAACACGCGCACACACACAACCAGGUCAUCACUAAGUGAAGCUCUACAACCAUCUUUUGGUCAUUGUUGGCAAUACAAUUCAUCUGUUGACAGCAAUCUGACACACACAAACACGUUUGCAAAAUAAAUUCUUAAUAUAGAAAGUUUGAAUUUGCAAAAUGUUUACUCUGAUUCUUUAGUUUUAUACUCUAAUUUUCAGAAUUUUGCUGUUUCUUGAUGUUCAUUUUCUUGACAUUAUUAUGCAUUUACUUUGAGUUAUAAAUCUUUGUUUUAAAUAAAUUAUUGGC